AUGGAAACAGACAACCAACAACGGAAGCUUCCGUCUUCAAGGCCUAUUAUCAACAUAUCUGCAACUCUUAAUCAGAACAUUGUUGUACAACAGGGAUCAAUUCAACCGACCACAACCAGGAGCCAUGGGCGACCUGUCGAGAAGAAAAUUGAGCAUAUUGAUCUCACUCUCGACGACGAUGAUGGGGAUCUAUCUUCCGAUACAGAGCGUGGGUCAAUUGAUGAUCCAUCAGAAACGAGGCAGUUUGACGAUGACGAUUACCUCGAUGAUGACCAGCUACAAAGUCUCUUAGAAAAUUGGGACGCUGACACUAACAAAGCUGGCCUAGCUUCUGAGAAUCCAUCGACAAUCUUCCUCAAAGAUUAUAACGGACUCAUUCCUGGGAUGGCGGUCGAGUUGUCUGGUGAUCACCUCAUGAGAAUUCAGCAGAUCCUACGUUUGGUGAACGGCGACAUAUACCUCCGAGGCUUAUAUUUCAAAAGGCUGACAGACAUGGAUAGCCCUUUCCCACAGAGACAUAUGGAAUUAUGCUGGCUGGUCGAAAAGGAUGCGGAUGGGAGGCUUCACUUUGAAAGAGAGGUUCCGAUAUCUGCUGUUUUGGGGAUUGUCAAUGUGGUACUUACGAAUCAACCAUGGCGAUCAAACAUCGAAAAAGUAUACGAUUCGUAUAUGUGUCGGCUGGUUUGGCAGAAAACCGCCGAGAAAGGAGAAUGGAUCAUCCGAUAUCUCACGUUCGAAGAAGCCGAUCAGCAUGUCAGAGCCCCUGCAAGUGUCAUACGUCGGAAUUGGAGAGGAGAGACUAUUCCAUAUGGCACUGAAGCAAUGGACAUGUCGCGGCUUUCAGCGGCUCAGCUUAAAGAGACAAGACAAGCGAAAAGAAUGCAAAGACAAUAUUCUUUUGGAGACGCUUUUUGUGGAGCUGGGGGAGUAUCUGUUGGCGCCUGGAAAGCUGGACUCAGAGUGAAAUACGGGAUCGACAUCGAUACAGCUGCGUGCGAGACCUGGCGUACCAAUUUCGUCCACUCAUCGUGUUUCCAUGCGGACUUUUACAGUUGGCUUUCUUUACAGGAUGAAGACGCACAAGUUGACAUCAGCCAUAGCUCUCCACCCUGUCAACCAUUCAGUCCAGCACAUACAAGGUCGUACAAUCAACAGAGAGAUGAAGAAAAUUCAUCUCUAAUUUUCAGUGCUUUCAACAUGGUUCAAAAGGUUAAACCUCGUGUUCAUACUAUUGAGGAGACGUUCGGUGUACCAUCAAGGCACAAAGAGACAUUUCUCCGGAUGAUUCAAGAUUUCUUGGAACUUGGUUAUUCCAUACACAGCAAGACUAUUGCAUGUGCGCAAUAUGGAGUUCCGCAAAUGCGACGACGUCUUUUCAUCAUUGCGGCUGGGCCAGGGGAAAGGCUGCCUACCUUCCCAACUCCUACUCAUGGGCCGGACCUAUUACCUUAUGUCACGAUCAAGGAUGCGAUAAGCAACAUACCCCGUCUAGCUGAUAAUCACGGCCCUGACAAUGUCGCUUUUCAAGAUGGUAGGACCCGGGCUCCGUACGACGAGAACACGCUCGCCAAAACAAUAACGUGCGGUGGCGGAGACGGAAACUACCAUCCAAGUGGUCUUAGACCCUUCACUAUCCGUGAAUUGGCUUGCUUACAGACUUUCCCCGUGCAGUAUCGAUUCUCAACAGCCUAUGCAAAGAAGCAAGUCGGCAACUCGGUUCCGCCUCGUCUCGCAGAGGUUAUUUAUCGAGCUGCUAUCAAGUCACUUCAGGAGACUGACGACAAGGAGUGCAGGGAGCCAAUCGUAAUUGAUUGA